CGGGGGGGGAGGGGCGGGGUUUAGAGGAAGCGGAAGUGUCAGCGCAGACCGGAAGUGGUUCUGCCCUGAAUACCCGAACACCCUGAGACUACCCGGAGCUGCUCGACUCCUCCAGAACCCGAACUACACCCGAACCAGGACCUCCAGACACCUCCUCAUCCUAAAGAUGGAUAAGAAUGACCUGGUGCAGAAAGCCAAGCUGGCAGAGCAGGCCGAGCGCUACGACGACAUGGCGGCUGCCAUGAAGGCCGUGACGGAGCAGGGCACGGAGCUCAGCAACGAGGAGCGCAACCUGCUCUCGGUCGCCUACAAGAACGUGGUCGGAGCCCGUCGCUCAUCCUGGCGCGUCAUCUCCAGCAUCGAGCAGAAGACGGAGGGGAACGAGAAGAAACAGCAGAUGGCCCGCGAGUACCGUAUGAAGAUCGAGGCUGAACUCCAAGAAAUCUGCCACGACGUGCUGAAUCUGCUCGACAAAUUCCUCAUUACCAACGCAACUCAGGCGGAGAGCAAGGUGUUCUACCUCAAAAUGAAAGGAGACUACUUCAGAUACCUGUCAGAGGUGGCCUCUGGGGACUCAAAGAAGGACACGGUGGAGAACUCUCAGCAGGCCUACCAGAAAGCCUUCGACAUCAGCAAGAAGGACAUGCAGCCGACACACCCCAUCCGGCUGGGCCUGGCCCUCAACUUCUCCGUCUUCUACUACGAAAUCCUCAACUCGCCCGAGCAGGCCUGCACCCUGGCCAAGCAGGCGUUCGACGAGGCGAUCGCCGAGCUCGACACCUUGAACGAGGACUCGUACAAAGACAGCACGCUGAUCAUGCAGCUAUUAAGGGACAACCUCACUCUGUGGACAUCAGAAAACCAGGGAGACGAAGGUGAAGCCGGUGAUGGAGAGAACUAGAGAGCACUUCACUGUUAACCCAUGACCCACUCUCUUCCUCCUCCUUUUAUCUCUCUUCCUCUUUCUUCUCUUCUUCCUCUCUUCGUACACAUCAACAGCCCGUUCAUUCCCUCGUCCUCUUCGUCAGCCUCCCGACCUCCCUUCUGUAUAACCAGCAGCAUGAAUAGAACCUGACCUUCACAGACAGAAAGAACAGGAGGGUCAAAACUACUCCAUCACCCCUCCACCCCUCCAUCCCUCCAUCCCUCCAUCCCUCCAUCACCCC